AUGCGGGGGUUGGCAAUGCUAAUCCUCCCGGCGGCGCGGCGGAUGUUCCAUGAAAUGCGAGGUAUCAUACUUCGUCAAGAGGAAGAGUUGCGUCGAUUAAGGCAACCGGCACCGGCUGCCCCUGUUGAGCAAGUGUUACCACCAGUGCCUGUGCCAGUGGUGGGUAACCAGGGGUUUAUGAUGCCGCAUAGAGAUUCCGUGUUUGAGCGGUUUGUGAAGCUGCAACCUCCUACUUUUCUGGGAGGUACUGACAUAAUUAAAGCUGAGCAAUGGAUGAGUACAAUCACCCGUAUCCUUGAUAAUAUGGGAGUGACGGGAACAGAGAGAGUGAAUUGUGCAGCUUUCAUGUUACAAGAUCAUGCCCGCGUCUGGUGGGAUAUUGUGGGACAGACUCGUGAUGUCAAUGUAAUGACUUGGGAUGAGUUUAAGAAUUUGUUUGAAGAAAAAUUUUAUAACAUCGCUGUGAGGACUUCACACAUGGAAGACUUUGUGAAAUUAACUCAGGGGAAGAUGUCUGUGGCCGAAUACACUCUAGAGUUUGAUCGAGUGUCCAAGUUUCUUUGGGACCGACAAAGUGGUAACACCGAUCACAAACGAAAGGUUGAUGCUUCCGGAACAUCAGGGGGUAACAGGAAGUUUCGGGGAAACAGAGGUGGCCGCCAUGGCCGCGGAUCUUCAUUCCGAUCUUAUCCUGAGUGUCCAAAAUGCAAGAAACACCAUCAGGGUGAAUGUCGGGCCAAGACUUGUUUCCAGUGUGGCAUGGUGGGUCACUUCAUCAGAGAUUGUCCUCAGACUAAGAAAGAGGAGCCUAAGAAGAAUGUUACUCAGAACCCGGGACGACUUUUUACCAUGACUCAGGCUGAUGCUGAUGCUAGUCCGUCAGUGGUGACAGUCGAUUGUCUAUAA